AUGUGUCGCUCAAGCGGAAAAUUAGAUGCAAUCGAGACAAAAGAUUCAAAACCUGAAGAAACCGGCAAUGAUUUUCUAUUUCUCGACACAGUAACAGCCGCCGUAGACGAGACAAAAACACAAAGUCAGAAUCAAUUGAUAUUAGGUCUACUGAUGUUUUGGAUGCUCUCGGUUGGCAAACACUUGAUGUGAAACGUUUAGAAAAUAAAUUAAUGAUGUACAAAAUACUUAAUAACCACACUGCCCCUAACCUAAACGAGUGUUUCUGCAAAAGAAACACAAUCCAAUCUAAUUAUAUUUGCGUAGUAGCGAUACAGAUCUAUGCUUACCUAAGCCUAACAGUGAAUUUUUAAAGAAAACUUUUCGAUAUAGUGGUGCCAUGCAAUGGAAUCAUCUUUCUGAGGAUUCAAAAAAUUCUGAAACCCCUUCUUCUUUUAAAAGAAAAAUACGUCAGGCAUGAACACCUCCUUUGGAUCGCACCAAUUGUUAAGUUUUUAUAUAAUUCCUUUUCUAUUAUCCUUUGCUUCCUUGUUUUUUCUAUAUAGUUUAACUUGUAUAUAGUUUAAUGUGUAUACUCUUUAAUCUGUAAAUAGUUAUUGUGUGACGCCCCUCAUGAAAAACAUCUCAUGUUGAUCGAGGCUAGCGUGUUUAAAUAAAGUUUUACCAUACCAUACCAUACCAUACCAUACCAUACCAUGCCAAUAAUAAUAAUAAUAAUAAUAUACGAGCCUGUCGGUGAACAACACUGAAGUUAAGGUAAAAUUGGACACUUGGGGCAGAAGUGAACGUUAUUCCAAUCAAAACUUACAAAGCCCUAGCUAGGGUUGGGCGAUAUUUCGAUAUUUUAAUUUAUCGCGAUACUUUCAAUCGCGAUUAUCGUAUCGAAGGUAGAAACUUGAGCGACGAUAUAUCGAAAUUAUCGUCAUGCUCGAUGACUAUCGUGAUAUUGCUUGGCAUGCAUGUGUAUAUAGCUUUUAUAAAAUCCUAAAUAAAUUCUUUCAAUUCACUAGAAAAUAUAGUUUUUAAAAGAAUUAAAACUAUUUCCUGAAUUAAAUACGAAUUUAAUACGAUAAAAUGAAAUUAAAUUGCAGGUGAACCAGCGGAGACACAGUAGACACUGCAUAGACAGUUUAGGUUUAUGAACAGUAAAUAUUAGACUACAAAAAGCCUUCUUAUUACAUUAAUUUCUUGUUUCUAGUGGAUUAUAUAUAAGCUUACUAUCCAGAAUGAUAUUAAUUAAAAUUGAAAAAUGUGGUCAUUGUUUUUAUUGCAUUUAUCGCGAUAUUAUCGAAUAUCGUGAUAAUUUCCUUGACAAUAAUCGUGAGAUGAUUUUUUUAAUAUCGCCCAACCCUAGCCCUAGCGAGCACCACAAGAAUACAGCUUAGAAAACUAACAGUUAAUCUCGUUGCGUACAACGGCAAGACAGUCCCUGUGAAAGCUGUGUGUAACUUGCAGUGCAAGUAUCAAGGAGAAGAGUAUGAUCUGGAGUUCUACACAUCCGAAUCACCCAGUGAGCUAGUACUCAGCAUAGCAGCAUGCAAAGAAUUAAACCUCGUCAAAUUUACCCAGGAAUUGAAAUCGUGAAAACCCUCUUCGCAAGACAUGGGGUGCCAGAAGUCGUUAAAUCCGAUACUGGUCCACAGUAUUCAGCCGAAUUCGCCAAGACGUGGGGUUUUAAACACGUAACUUCGAGUCCUUUGUAUCCACAGUCGAACGGCCUAGUGGAAAGAACUGUUCGAACAGCGAAGUCAAUCGUAGCGAAAGCUCGAAGAGAUUAUCAGGAUCCAAAUUUAGCUAUAUUGGAACAUCGAAAUACGCCAAUCAACGGCGUUGGAUCACUAUCGAGAUUGAGUAUUGGAAGAAGACUUUGGUCAAGUAUGCCAUCCUCAACUGAUCAGCUCCUUCCAAAGACGGUGAAUCCAGCAAUAGUCCAGACGAGGCUCGAACAAAAGCAAACGCAACAGAAAAAGUACUAUGACAGAUCAUCGAGACCCUUGGAACAUUUAUCUGAAGGCGAUGUUAUUUACAUUCAGCGCGAGGGAAGAUAUGGAAACCUGCCAUUAUCACGAGCAAAGCGGAAACUCCAAGAAGUUUCAAUAUUAUGACAGAAGACGGUGCCCAAUAUCGAAGAAACAGAAUACAUCUGAGGAAAGCUUAUGAUCGAGUUUCGCGGUCCUCAUCUCCUGAGAAGUCAACCGAAGGUCCAUCGAAAUCAAGGUUAACUCACCGAUCAGGAAUGAACAAUUACAACAUCAAGAAACAAGAGAACAAAGAAACCCUUAGUUCUACCGGUGAAACAGCAUCGCCAGUAAAAACAAGAUUAGGACGGAUGAUAAGGAAGCCAACUCAGUAUAAGGACUAUGUCUAA